AUGAAUGUACCAUCCCCCAACCCGUCCUCAUCAGAGUCAAAUGUGAUGGACACUCCCAGGAGCUCCAGUCCUAAUGGCGAAUAUGUUGCGCUUCGAUGGAAGACAGCCCACGCAGAGUGCAAGCGAUACCUCAACGAAUCCGAUCACAAGAGACUUCUAGAAUACAACACCUGUGAGGCGCUUCUUCAAAACCUUCAACAACUGCAAAAUAAUUACGGGACGCAGACCUUAUUGUUAAAUGGAAAACGUAUUGCGACGUCUUUGGAUCAUUAUCGGAAUUUCACGCUUGUGUUAGCUGUUGCUUCCCAGCGCAAUGCCAUAAAUGCGGCCUUGUUGUGGGGUGCUGUCAAUCUAGCCGUGGAGGUAUAUGCUUCUCGUGGCAUUUUGUUUUCGAAUAUCGUGGAUAUGAUUGCAGACAUGGGUCAUGAUUUGGAGAUGGUAAAUUCAUAUGAUUGGGUAGCCGAAGGGGAGCCACAAAUGGAGAGAGUGCUUGUCGACAUCGUUGUCGAUGUUAUUUUCUUUUGA